AUGACAUUGUUGGAGUGCUUACAACUCAACGGCAAUCAAUUUGUAGGAAUGAUCUCACCCACGAUAUCAAACAGUCCCUCUUUGGUAAUCCUAGAUAUUCGAAACAAUCACAUGUUUGGUAAUAUUCCAAAGUGGUUGUAUAAUCAUUCUCGCUUGGUUGCAGUUCUUAUACGUGGAAAUCGCUUUGAAGGUCACCUACUCCGAAGAAUGUGUCAAAUGGAAAGUUUGCAAGUGUUUGAUAUCUCUGAUAAUCUUAUUUUAGGAAGUAUUCCAUCUUGCCUUGAUAACAUUACAUUUUGGAAGAAGAGUUCUCCAAGCUCUACUGAUUCAAACUAUUUCACGCGAAAGGGUCGACUAUAUUACCUAAGAAAUGCAAAAGAACCAGAGAUUGAAUUUGAGAUUGGAACAGACUGGCUGGUAAAACAUAUUGUAUAUACUUUCAAAGGUGUCCCACUUUCGUUGAUGACUGGAAUUGACAUGUCAUCUAACCAAUUGACAGGUAGCAUUCCUUCUGAAAUGGGAGAAUUGUCACAACUUCGGUCCUUGAACUUGUCGAAUAAUUUUCUAACAGGCCCCAUUCCAAGUUCUUUUCAAAACUUGAAAAACGUGGAAAGCUUGGAUCUUUCCCACAACAAGUUGAGUGGAGGAAUUCCUUAUGAGUUGGUUGGACUCACUUCUCUAUCUACAUUUAUUGCUGCAUAUAACAAUCUUUCUGGAAGAAUCCCAUUUGAGCAGCAGUUCUCAACUUUCGAGAUGGAAAGCUAUGAUGGAAAUCCAAAUCUCUGUGGAGACCCUCUGCCAAGAAAUUGCUCAACCACGGACCAGCUUGAACCUCCACAUGAGGAUGAAGAGGAAGAGACUAGAAUAAUUGAUAGCCCUUUAUUCUUCUAUGCAUUUGUUGUUGUCUCAUACACAUUCGAAUUUUGGGUUUUCUUUGGGGAGAAUAACUUCUGUUCGGUUGUGGCAGAAAGGAUGGGAUUUUUGCCCACCAAUAAAAAAUGGACACGUCAACUAAAAAUAAAAAAAUGGGAUGCUCUCGAUGCACAGGAUCCUCUCGCUUCUCCAUUCGCAGCUCUCCAUUUUUCCCUUCUAAAAUCCCUCCCCACAGCAGAAUAUCACAAUCCAGCUUGA